AUGUCACUUAUAUCAAACUCAUCACUUUCAAACAACGACAUGCACAGUCAGCAGCAUGGCAACUCCCUGCCGACCGUCAGUGCAGAUGACACUCACAGCCUAGAUCAAGCAGACACAAAAAGCUCACUGCCACCCAGCACAGACAUGGAUCAAUAUAUGAACAGUUACCACGUGGCUACUGACAGCAACAACUCGGCAGUUGUUCAUAAUGGUAGUGCAGCAGACGACGACGAUGAUGCUCCAGUUAUUGAUAUUAUGAUAAACAAUGUUGUUUCUACGUUUAAUACACGCUGUUAUCUCAAUUUGAAGAAGAUAGCCAUGGAAGGGGUCCAUGUAGAAUACAAACGAGAAAAUGGGAUGCUGAAUAUGAAGCUGAGGAGGCCAAACACAACCGCAACCAUCUGGUCAUCGGGGAAAAUCACCUGCACCGGCGCCACCAGUGAAGAUGAUGCCAAACGGGCAGCCAGAAGAAUAGCCAGGCGGCUGCAGAAAUUAGGGUUCAAUACUCGGUUCUGCAGUUAUCGGGUGGUCAAUGUUUUAGGCACCUGUAGUUUACCUUUCGGCAUUAAACUCAAUCAGUUUUCAGAAGGGAAUAGAGACAGUGCCAGCUAUGAGCCAGAACUUCAUCCUGGUGUAACGUACCGGAUCAAGGAUCCCAAAGCGACACUAAAAAUCUUCUCCACCGGCAGCAUUACAGUCACAGCUCCGUGUGUCUUGAAUGUUCAGUUGGCCAUUGAGCACAUCUACCCUAUAGUCUGCCAGUAUAAAAUGGACGUCCCUGUCCAGCCAAAGAUUGUACCUUCAAGUAAUAAAGUCAUACAGAAAAGGACACAAUACAUUGGUUACCCUGUCUUACAUUUCCGCGAUGAUGAAAUGGAUGGGCUUGAUGAUGAUGAUGAUUUUGAUGAUGAUUAUUCUGACAGCUUUGACAGUGAUGAGAGCCAAGACUAG